GUUUUUUCACUACCAACAGCCAAUCUGAUAUGUAUUUCAAGUUAUGAGUUAAAAAUGGAGUUUGGAAGGAACAAGGUAAUUUAUUCCCCUGACUUAAACAUGCCUUGCCAACUUUUCGAGUUUAUUUUUAGAUACACAUUCAACUUACUGGUGACAUCAUAAAUGACUUCAUUUAUCGUCUGCGUGAAGAGAACCUUUUCAAGUGUUCUCUGACGAAGAUUGCCAAAAAGGUGUUUGUUGUAUUUCAUCACAGAAAAAUGAACGGCCUUGAAAAUAUACGAGCAGGUGUUUUAAAUGCACCGAAUCGGGGAAUUUUACGAACAGAAUCUAUAUCUCGUUCUGUUUUAUGGAUCGUAGAAAAAUAUCACACACUUCAAAAUGCAGAACAUUCGUUAUGCAGUGAUAUAUUUAGAGUGCCAAUGUUUCCAAAUUGCUUCAUUUAUUUAUCACUGAAUUUUGAAAACGGUAAAUACUUGCUGAGAAUCAACAAACUGGUAAGGAAUCGAGCAACUUUUAAUGCCUUGUGUUCCACGAUAAAAAUCAAAUUUCUGAUUGAAGAUCCGUCAUGUGAUUUGUGCCAGAAGGAAGAAAUGGAGAUACCAAACGAAGAUUUAUCUUGUCCUGUGAUCAUCAACCACAUUUCUGCUUCAUCUUCAGUUAUUUUACCCCGCUUGGAAAUCAGAUGCACAGUAACAAUCAAUGUUUCCUGUACUCCGUUUCAAAAUCCAGCUGAUAUUCAGAAGAAGAUGAAAGAUUAUACAACGAAUAUGUCCUCUCAAGAACUGCACGAACAUUUAGACGUUUUGCUAGCAGAUGAUACAGACUCUAAAGUGGUGCUCAGAGUUGGUGAAGAAUUUUUUAAUGUUCAUAAGACAUUGCUGUGUUCUCAUUCUCCUGUUUUUGCUGCUAUGUUCGAACACGAAAUGCUGGAAAAAUCUCAGAGCGAGAUUUGCAUAAAUGAUAUUACACCAAACACAGAGACUAAAGAUUCUAUUCAAGCUCGUUUGGCUCUCUUAGGAGAAAGCUUCGACCAUAUCAUUGAUGUAAAGUGGCGUCAAGACUAUGUUAUUAAGUCUAGCAACUGUGAGAAGAUAUGUGAACCUAAAUAUAUCAUACAACUAAAAACAUGGAACCCACAAAUGAAUCAAGAAAAAGAUGUCAUAUUUAGUUGUACAAUGGAGCAAUUGCAAAAUUUAGUUUUGAAAUUAAAGGAUGCAACUAAAUGUAUAGAGAGGAAUGCAGUAUGAAGAUAUGUAUCAUUAUUGUAAAUGAUUUUAUGUUAUGUAGUUGGGGCCAAAGCAGAUUUGAGAAAAAUUCUUAAAAUAUUGGGUGUUCUGUAAUUAUUUUGCCUUCAAUAUAUAUUUUUGGAAUUCUUGUGAAAAAGAAGUAAUACAUCAGGGAUCUCAAAUUAAUUAUUUAAGCGAGGAACAAAUAAAGAAGCCACUAAAAUUUACACAGCACUCAUAAGGAACAUGUUUUAAAUAAAAACUUCUUUAAAUGCUGGAUGAAACUUAAGGCAUUUCGAAACUUUGUUUUAUACUAAUUUAUAUUUCUCCAAGCAAUGAAAUGGGUUUCAAUAAUUUUAAUUUCAUUUUCUUCACUCAAAUAGUAAUUUGGGAACUUUAAUGUCAAAUAAUCUAAACUAUAUUAAAGGUGUUGAUUAUAGAACACUCAGUACUAUCUCAAUGUUUCCAUCAAUUUUUACAAAAUAAUAAAUUUUAUUUUUGAAUAUAAUCAGUUUUAUAAGUGAUAAAUCAUGUGUCUGUUAAGUUGUGAUUGAACAUUACUUCAGAUUUUGUUUAGUUUGUAGGAAACUUAUAUUUUAUUUUUCUACAUGGUAAUGUACAGUGCACCAAAUGAAAGGACCACCCUGAAUAAAUUAUGAUCCGAUAGGGUUACCAUAAAUAUGCUAAUUAAUUACUGCUGACAGUAUUUUAAGUUAAGAAAUCAGACACAAAAACGUACUUUUUCUAAAUAAACAUAUCUUUUUGGAUUUAGUAGUAGGUAGAAUGAAACUUUCAAAUUGUGUUUAUGAUUGACUUAGGCCUGAAUGCUUAAAAAUUGUUCUUUUACAAUAACUGGCAUGUGAUAACUGCUUAGGAAUAUUUUUAGUAAAAAUAAAUUAAAAUUAUUGCAAGCGAAAGACAAAUAAGUUUACCAUAAUACACCUUAAAACCAAAUUUAUUCUUCUAAUGGUUAGUUGUUGUCCUAAUGUAAAUCCUAUGGAAGAGAUUUGGUUUUAUAAAAAUAAAUCCUUCUUCGAAGAUUUUCAUUAUUUAGAGGCUAAAGAUUUUACUGUUUAACUUAUUAAAAUGUAUAUUUGUAUAUAAACUAAAAAUCUUUAAUUUUUUUGAUUUGCAAAUGAAAUGCUUAUUACUAAAACUUCAAAACUUAUAAGUUUCAUUCUCAAUCUAUUGGUCUGCAAAUUGUGCAUACAAAAUAUUAACAUUUUUUUUUUUUUUUACACCACUACUUCAUAGACUACAGGAGUUUCAAAAAUUAACACAAAAAUUGAAAAGAACUAAAUUUUUUGAUGAUAUAUAAUUAUACAAAUAAUUUCUAGUCUAAAAUAUCUCUUGCUUUUAACAUCGAUAAAACUUAGUUUUUAUUAAAAAAAUAAAGAUUUAAAUUAUUAUCAAUAUCUGGAUGUUUAUUACUUUAAAUAAAUUUACUUUUAGUUAUGAAUUAAUUUUAUUUGUUGUUUAUUUAUGUGUGGUUGUUCUUUCUCGAUAUUGUAACAACAAAUCAUUUUAUACAUUUUUUUAUUGGUUUCAUAAUAUAUCUUUAUGUUCAGUUAUAAAUGCUUUCUGGUAUGUUAUCUUAAUUAAAAGUAAACAAUUAUAUUUAUGUGUGCAGUUUGAUUAUGUCAUACAUAUAUUUUGAAUAUUUCUGAUGAUAGGCAUCUUUCAGUGUUUUGUCAAACAUUUUUGGUUCAGAAAAUGUAUAGAGCUCUGAAAAUAUGAAGUAUAUUAAAAAGUUUGUCUAUAAUUUAAAUUUUUCUAAGUGUGUAAUCAUCUUAGUUUAAAUUAAUUUCAAUCACAUUAGACAACAUUUAAAUAUUAUAUGUUUAUAUUUUAGAGUGAUAUUUAUUAGUUUGAUGGAAUAAUAUGUUUAUCAGUAUCAUGUAUUAGUUUGAUAUAAAUGUAUCAAUAAAAUAUUUAUACAUUUAUAAAAAUAUAA